CAAAGUCCGUGUUUUAUUCGCUGAAAGUUGACUUUAAGCAGCUGACUGAGUGGUCAUGUGACUAAAGAGGAAGCGGGCGAGAUGAGCGCAGUGUACGGAGGAGUGGAGGGUGGUGGGACACACUCUAAAGCAGUACUGGUAUCUGCUGAGGGAAAAAUCCUCGCUGAGACAGAUGGACCAUGUACCAAUCACUGGUUGGUUGGUGUUGAUAAUUGUAUUAAUGGUAUCAAUGACAUGGUCCAGAGUGCUAAAAUCAAGGCAGGGCUGGACCCGGACACACCAGUCUGUUCAUUGGGUAUGUCUUUGAGUGGUGGAGAGCAGAAAGCUGCUAUCCAGAAGCUAAUUGAUGACAUGAGUGAGCGAUACCCCAAGCUGAGUCAAAGUUAUUUUAUUACCACCGAUGCCAUUGGUGCUAUAGCAACUGCCAGUGACUAUGGAGGUAUAGUGGUGAUAUCAGGCACUGGUUCGAACUGUAAACUGGUGAAUCCAGAUGGCACACAGGUUGGCUGUGGGGGGUGGGGUCACAUGAUGGGAGACGAGGGAUCAGCAUAUUGGAUUUCUCACUUGGCUAUUAAAACGGUUUUUGAUGCCAGAGAUAACCUUGUCACAUCCCCUCAUGAUAUCACCUAUGUUAAGAAGGCCAUGGAAGAAUAUUUCCAGGUGUCGGAUUUGAUGGGAAUGCUUCCUCAUUUGUACAGAAACUUUCAGAAGUCACAUUUUGCAGGGUUCUGUAGGAAACUAGCUGAAGGUGGAAAUGCUGGUGAUGCUUUGUGCCAACACGUGUUCACAGAAGCUGGAAAAGCCCUUGCACGGCACAUUGUAGCUGUCCUUCCCAAAGUACAUCAGGAUCUCUUUUCUGGUGAGCUUGGCUUGCCGGUUCUGUGUGUCGGUUCUGUGUGGCGCAGCUGGGAACUGAUGAAAUCUGGUUUCACUCAGGUCCUCUCAGAGGCUCAGGCUCAUGGUUACAGUCAAUUCUGUAAGUAUAGCCUGCUGACUCUUCGUCAGUCUUCCGCUCUGGGUGGCGCCAAAAUGGGGGCACAGAAUGCAGGGGCCAGCCUCCCUCUGGACUACUCGGCCAACGCCAAUGUGUUUUUCAGCCAUAUGUUUAAUCAGUGAAUCAGAAGAAACAGACCUUUUAGAUGCCACUAAAGAACUGAAUUGGGAACUUCCUGUUUUUAAACUGAUUUUUCCUCUUGGUGGGGCUGUUUCUCAAACACACACACACACAAAAAAUAAAAAAUCCAAUCAUGGAAUUGAAUUUUUUAAUAAACAUUGCAAAAACACUG